AUUGGUCGAGAAUGGAUCUUUGAAAAGAUCUGCCAGUGGAUCACGCCCUCCAAGUCGCCGACUUCAGUUAGCGAGUCCACAAAACCUCGAAGUGAUGAGACCCGUCAUCUCUUUGAGUCUGCUUGCUCUAUGAUUCUAAUGGGUGGUCCCGGUACCGGGAAAACAGCCAUCUACGAGCGAAUAAUUGAGGCCAGAAAGGUAGUCGACUGUGAGUCUGAGAAGCUGACACCCGAGCACAGUGGUGUUCUUUUUCCAAAUUGUCAACUUCUGGCAGAGAACCUACUGGCCCAUCAUGCUUGCUCCAGCCAAUUUGUCGCUUCCCUCAAUGUGCCCAGGCUCAUUCUCUCCUUCCGAGACCAGAUUAUGCAGCGAGACGAUGCUGUAGGGGACUUAUAUCGCAGAAAAUUAGCUGAGAAUGGUGGUCGGCUGAACCGCCUUUUUACCUCGGCCCGCCUCUGCACCUUCCCCGACGAGGUGUUAUCUGAGGGUGUUUUUAAACCGCUUGCCGAUUUAGACCCCACCCUACUGCAUGGAAAUAAACUGUUCUUCCUCGUGGAUGCUGUGGAUGAGUGUCUACGUCUGAACCAGACUUCUGAAGUUCGCGUGCCGCCUGGUUGGAUGGACGCUCGUUGUCCACAUAAACGCGGCUCUCAAAUCUCCUCCGGAUCUGAACGGACUGAUCCACAACUGGAGCAGCUAUCUGCUGACCUGCAAAAUUGCACCAAAUUGGAACAGGGUUGGGUCAGCUUGAAUGUCCUCGAGCUUCUGGCAGUGAAUCAUCUCUUUCUACCACCCUGGAUAGUCAUCGAUGAUCUGCACUGUCCCUUUGUAACCCGGGAUCUGGGGGGCUAUGUUUUUGAACGUCUGAAGUGCGAGUUGGUGCUGCAGGCUACUUUCACGGCGAAUGAACUGGGCCAAGAGGCCUUGCAGAUGCUGCAAGUAAAGAGCAACGCCUCCUUCCUCUACCUACAGAUUGUGCUUAAUGCGGUUGCCCAGUGUUGGCUCACACCUGAUUUCAUCAAGUGCAUCCCCGGGACCCUGAGCGGCCUCUUCUUGUGGCUCUGCCAACGCCUGCUCUCACCCCUGGUGGAUGGAUACACACCCAUGCUCAUGGCUGUGAAACCCAUCCUUAGCCUCAUUCUUGCCUCCCCGCGUCCCCUCACUCUUCUGGAAAUUGACAACAUCCUGCAUGUGAAUUCCCUCAACACCAAUGGACGAGAUGUCUGGAAGCACAUCCUCUCUCUGCCCUACUUCAUAAAGCACGACUUUCCCGAAUACCUUGCCCUCCAGCCGAAACAGUGGCUCAGCCUACUUGACUGCGCGGAGUUGGAGAGAGAAAGGGUGGUGGCAUUUGCACACUCCAGUUUCCGGGACUGGCUACUCGACGUAAAGUACUCCACCCCCAUUUACGCCUGCUCGCCACGGGAGGGCCACACUCUUCUUGCCCUGGCCGCACUUCACCAGAUUCGCCAAAUUCCCAGUCUCUCCUCCUCCUUCACCUGGGAUAUCCUCUUCAACUUCACCCGUUCCACCCUCUGCAAUUCCACCAACGCUCUGCUCCAAAUCACCAGUGCCCUCAAGGACGUCGAACUGGACUUU